AUGAUUCAAUUAAAGUGUCAAGUACCAGAGCAUCAUAAUAAGUUUGUGGAAUACUUUUGUAUAAAUUAGAAUUGUAAUCAAUUUCGUGUAUAAUGUUACUUUUGUUAUCAAAAUGGAGACCAUUUUUCUCAUCCAAAAGAUGUUUUCUAAAUGGCUGAAUUUCAGGAUUUCCUAUAAUAACAAUUCAAUCAAAAUGAGGAAUUAUUAAGAAAUCUUUAAAAAGUGAUCAAUAAUGUAUAGAUGUAAUUAGAAAACUUAAAAAGAGGAAUUCAAGUAAAAUUCAAUAUGAAUAAAGAAAAAUUAUAAUGUUUAAAUGUAAAAUAAUUAAAUGAUUGGAUAUGUGAUUACUUUAAGUUCUAAAUUGAGAGUAGUUAAUCUUUUAAAUAUGUUGAAUAAAACAUGAAGGAUAUAUAAUAAACAAUUUUCAGCAUAAUUUCUGAUUAUAAUUUAUAAACUUUGUAGGAGUAACAUAAAUAAUAAUAAUGCAGUUUGAGUCUUCAAAAUUAAUUACAAUUAAAAGAAAAAGACUGGAAAAAUAUAAGAUAAGAAUUAUUGGAGUCAAUAUUAGUAAUGAUUUUUAAAUUUAUAAAAAAGACAUCAUCAUUUCAAAAAUAAUUGACUUUUUCUUCAGAACAUAAACAUAGAGAUGCUGUAGUUUCAAAUAAUGGAAAAAUAGUUGAAUGCGGAGGAAGUUGUCUUUGUGAUUAGUUAAUUCCGACACAUUAAGUUACAAAAUUUGCUUUCAAAAUUUUAAAUUCAAAGGCUUGUUAUGUAGGGAUAGGUAUUAAAUAAGUAAUGUAAGAAACUAGUUAUAACUAUGUUGGUUUGAAUUAAGGGUAUAUUUAAUGUUAUUAUUUUAUUUAGGAGUUAUUUGAUAAGGAAUGACUAACACAGUUACUCACAUAAUUAAUAAAGAAAUAAUAAUAAAUUGUCUUUUCAUUUUUCAGAUAAUGAUAUUAUUAUAAUUGAAGUAGAUAUUUAAAAAAAAAAUAUAAAAUGGACCAAAUUUUAAUCAGGAGAAUCAUUUGUAAGAUUUAAAUUUUAUUUUUUAGAAUCAAUAAAUAUGUAGUUGUUAUGACCUUUAUCCUUGCAUACGAUCAGGUAGUGAUAGCAAAGUUAAAAUUUUGGGUUUUGAUUUGUGA